AUGAGCGCAUCGGUAGUCAAUGAGUCGUUCCCUUUAUGGGCAUUACUACCUAAAAGGGAAACCACUGCCCAGUCAUUCAUAGAUAAAUACCCUGAAUAUGAUGGGAGAGGCAUUAAAAUUGCAAUCCUUGACUCUGGAGUUGACCCAGGUGCUGAUGGACUACAGACUACAAGCGAUGGUAAACCAAAAAUCAUAGAUAUGAUGGACGCUACCGGUGCCGGUGAUGUGGACACCAGUACUGUGGUUGAGGCCGAUGGACAGGGAUUUAUUACUGGGCUCACCGGAACUAAACUCAAAAUACCGGGCCAUUGGGUGAACCCUUCGGGCAAAUAUCACAUCGGAAUGAAAAAUAUGUAUGAAUUAUAUCCGGAAGGAGUGGGCACUCGGAUGGCCCGGGAGUAUAGGGAAACCCAUUUGGUACCCACCCAUACCACUAUCAAAGCUGAGGCGGUACGAGAGCUCCAGGAGUUUGAGGACAAACACCCGAACGCUUCAAAUGACACUUUCGAUGAGAAACUGAUUCGUGAAGACUUGAAAUCAAAAAUGGAUUUCCUGAAGGAAAUGGAGACCAACUCCAUGAUAGGGUUCAAGGAUUUGGGCCCUACUUGUGAUUGUGUGGUAUUUAGUGACGGAUCCCAUUGGAUGGCUGUUAUACAUACGAGUGGCACCGGUAGCUUAGAAGACUGUACACUAUUAGGCAAUUAUAGAGAAUGCCUAACGUACGGAACAAUCUCUGAUAGAGGUGCAUCUCAUGGCACACACGUGGCCAGUAUAGCCGCGGCUAACUUUCCCAAUGAUCCCGAUAGGAAUGGUGUGGCACCGGGAGCUCAGAUCGUCAGCAUCUGUAUGUUUGGUAUACGAUAUAAUGGGUCCAGUCUUGUGAGAGCACUUAAUAAAGUAAUCGAAACGGGAUGUCAUGUCAUUAAUAUGAGUUAUGACAUGUCCAGACACUACUUUGAUGGAUGUUUUGUCAAUUUGGUUUACGUUAGCCCUGUUUUAGACCUAAUGAGUAAAGUGGUCAACAAAUACGGCAUUUUGUGCGUUAAAUCAGCCGGUAAUUACGGACCCUCCCUGUCCACCGUAGGCAUGAUAAGGACAGUACACUCGCAAUCGUUUAUAAGUGUCGGCGCUUACGUCUCCCCCGAUAUGAUGACAACCGCCUAUUCGCUGAAUAAACAAAUACCAGGGUUGAUGUAUCACUGGACAUCCCGGGGCCCUACUUUAACCGGCGAUUUGGGUGUAACGGUAUGCGCACCGGGAGGCGCCAUAACAUCGGUGCCCACGUGUGAACUAAUGGGAGCCGAGUUAAUGAGCGGGACGUCAAUGAGUGCCCCAAACUGUGCCGGAUGUCUGUGUCUCUUAUUAUCGGGUGUCAAAGCAUUGAAUGUCGAGUACUCGCUCUAUAGUGUGCGCCGGGCUAUUGAAAACACUGCCCUUAAAAUUGAAAACUACGAGCCCCUCACCCAUGGACACGGACUGAUUCAGGUUGAAAAGGCGUUUGAACAUUUGAUUCACUAUAAGGAUUCAUUGGAAAUGGACGUCCGUUUUCACAUAACCUGUGGACAGGGAUUAGGUGUUUAUCUGAGAGAAGCCAUCGAUGUUAUCAACCCAUCCCUUCAUAUCAUUAAAGUUGAACCAAUUUUUCUGAAUCACAAACAAAUGGAUAAUAAACGAAAAGUAGAUUUUGAGAUCAAUUUAAGACUUAUUUGCGACGACGAGUGGAUUACUUGUGCAGAGUUUUUGCACAUGACUUACACAACAAGGGAGGUCACCAUUAGGGUUGACCCUCAACCCCUCCAAGAGGGUUGUGCCAACUUUGCCAUGAUUAAAGCCUAUGAUAUAAACUGUGUGGAAAAGGGGCCGAUUUAUAAGCCGGGUUAUUUUUGGCGCCAAUUCAUUGAUAUUCCGGCAAAUGUGACACAAAUGGUGGUACGCGUGAAGAACUGCGAGCCCAUGGAUGAGAUCGACUGUUUUUUGCAGGCAUUACAAGUGCGGCCACUCAAUUCACUCCAGAUUAAUAAAAUGGAUAAAAGCUUUUCACUGAGAGCUCAAAACGAGACCACAUUUGCCUUUCAUUUGAAAACCUCGCGAACACUGGAAGUGUGUUUCGGACAGACGUACGAAGUUUUGGCCGAUAAUAGGAUUCAAUUAGAUAUCAAGUUUCACGGACUCCAGCCCUCACUCGACUCAUUCACUAUGUUUUCUAGUGAAAUGAUCGCCAGAAUUGACAUUCAGAGUAAUUUCGAUGUCGAGGAAAUUACGCCCAGGAUUACCAUUAGAAACUUCAUACAGAUGUUAAUGCCAAUUGAUAGCAAAUUACGCCCACUAGACAGUCGUGAUGUCAUACCACCCGCACAGCAGUUAUACGAAGGUCAGGAUGUUAAGAUAAGUUCAUUGUCACUCUUAUAUGGAUAUGACUUGACAUAUGGACCGGAAUAUAUAUCAUUGGUGUGGAUGAUAUUCAACUCGGACACCAAGCAAUAUAUCGGUACCGGCCUAGGCUUACCCUCAUCAAUACGACUAGAAAAGGGAGAUUACAUAAUAAAAGUGCAAAUAAAACAUACAAUGAGUUCCCAAUGGGAAAGGUUAUGCCAACUCCCGUUUCACAUUCAAUACACUGUAAACAAGUCACUGGAUUUAUACGAUACGUAUCGAAAUGCUUUAACCGACAGCACCCGACGUAUAUUUAGGCUGCCACUCCGACCGGACACACCAACGUCUGUAUUCAUAAGGGCGUUGGUGUCAUACCCACCGGACAUACCUAUUACUAACGGCUCGUAUUUCACGGGUCGUAUGGAAUUCGCUGACGGCAUCACCAGAUUUAUGGCCGAGGACUUUCAAUUCAAAUAUGUUGUCGAUAGCCAACCCAUAGUCAAGUCUGCAAGUAGUGCCACAAAAGUGGAUGAAAACGAGUCUAAGAUACCAUCGGAAGAUCAGUUCAGUACAGCUGUCAGUGAUUUGAAGAUUAGUUGGGUUUCGAAAUUAAAGGGAAAGGCGUCGGAAGACCUGUUCAAUGAAUUACGCGAAACCGAUAAAACAAAUGUUAGGCUAUUAUUGGCGCGAAUACAGGCACUGGACUCAGACUCCCAGCGCUCGCAACACUUGUCUCGACAAAUAUGUUUGGCUAACGAU